AUGCCCAAACCAAGGUUAUUGCCCCAAACCGAGGGUUAUUGCCCCAAACCGAGGUCUAUAUUGCCAAACCAAGGCCUAAUUGCCCCAAGGCCUAUAUUGCCCCAAACCCAGGCCUAUAUUGCCCCAAACCAAGGCCUAUAUUGCCCCAAACCUAGGCCUAUAUUACCCCAAACCGAGGUCUAUAUUGCCCCAAACCAAAGCCUAAAUUACCCCAAACCAAGGCCUCCUAUAUUGCCAAGGUCUACAAACCAAUAUAUGCCCCCAAACCAAACUAUAUUUGCCGACCAAAUACCAAAAAUUAUAUUGCCCCCCAACCCCAAACCAAAGCCUAUAUUGCCCCCCAAUAUUAAUAUUGCCCCAAACCAAGGCCAAACCAAGGCUAUAUGCCCCCAAGGCCUUAUAUUGCCCCCCCCAAGCCAAGGGGGUUUUUCUAUAUUGCCCCCAAAUCAGGCCUAUAUUGGCCCAAACCAAGGCCUAUAUUGCCCCAAACCAAGCCUAUAUUGCCCCAAACCAAAAAGGCCUAUAUUUACCCCAAACCAAGGCCUAUAUUGCCCCAAACCAAGGCCUAUAUUGCCCAAACCAAGGCCUACAUUGCCCCAACCUGCCUCCCUUUCUCGCCUCCCGGACCUUCCCUGCGUUUCACUUCUGCCAGUAAUGUCAAGACCUCUGUACACAGAGACAUUCUUUCGAUCCCCAAUGACAACCUUUAAAGGAAGUCGACUUUCAAUAAUUGCAAUCUCUAUUACGCCGACCUUUGAGCGUCAAUCUCUGCCUGACUCUCGAUAUAUGCUUGCGAAGACUCUUCUCAAGCUAUAA